AUGGCUUCCAUUCUGGACGAGUUAUCAUCUGUGCUUGAUAAUGUGCCGCCUAGGUACUCAGAUGUCGCAGCCGAGUAUAGAAUUCCCCUUUCCAAGCACAGCACCGAGCUGCAGACACACGUGAAACGCGACGACAUCGAGUUCACGACGGCCGACGGUGUCGCUAAAGCCGUGCAGAUCUUCCCCAUCCUCUUUGGCGACUCGGUUAUUUUGCCCGACGACUUGACCGAGUCGACGAUUUCAUACCAGGACAUGCAGCGGAGGAGCUGGGCGGUCAACUGCUGGCUACCCGCCGCGUGUUUCGUCACGUUGAAGAACGCUGUGGAGGUGGCGCUGGCGUUGCUGGUGAUCCAGUUUUUCAGCGCGACGUUCGCCAUUCGCGGCAUCGGACAUAACGCUAACCCCGGGUUCUCGAGUAUUGAUGGUGGCAUUUUGCGGGACAUCAGAGCUUUGAAUUCCAUUGACUUGGCGGCGGAUAAGGCAACCGUUUCUGUGGGACCGGGUGCGACGUGGAGCGCGGUGUAUGAAGAAUUGAAGACACGCAAUCUCACUGUGCCCGAGAAAUAA